UGUUUCUAAUACUACGUGUCAAACAUGCCGUAAUGCCCAAGUCCGUUCCCAACCCGUCCUUUUCUUCUUAGGUACAGUACAACAUUUUUUUUUUGGUUCUCCUUAGUUCUGGCCAUGGUUACGGUUGUGUCUGUGCACUGUUAUACCAAAAAGGCAAGAACACUGUCCAUGCUUCUGUAAGCUCUUACAUCACUAGGAUUGGGUUAAGGGGGGAAAAAAAAGAUAUACACGAGUAUAUAUAAGUAUAUUCUAUUGUUUGAGUAUUCAAUAAAAAAGUUUUGUAUACCUUGUGUAUUUGGCAUCAUAUAAUCAUAGGCUCUGAGAAUUUAAUUCAAUGGCUUUGCAACCGGAGAUGCUAAACAUUGUUUUGAUACCUCUAUUGGCCCCUGGGCACUUGAUUCCAAUGGUAGACAUGGCAAAACUUUUUGCAGAACGUGGUAUUCUUGUGACUAUAGUCACGACUCCCCUCAAUGCCAUCCGGUUCACUUCGGUGAUUGAUCGUGCUAUCUCGUCUGGACUCCCCAUCCAGCUUCUUCAGCUCCAGUUUCCAUGUGAGGAAGCCGGUUUGCCCGUAGGAUGUGAAAAUGCAGACGCUUUACCGUCCUUUAAGUUAAUGAGGAACUUCUUUAUUGCAUCAAAAAUGCUACACAAGCCAUUGGAACAGACACUGCAAGGACUUGAGCCAGCUCCAAGUUGCAUUAUAUGCGAUAAGCAUCUGACAUGGACAGUUGAUUUAUCAAAUUCUCUUCAGGUUCCGAGGAUUGUUUUUGAUGGAAUGAGUUGCUUCACACAACUGAUUACGCAUAAUUUGCACAAUUCCAAGGUUCAUGAAAGUGUGCCCGAGACGGAGCCUUUCGUUGUGCCUAAUUUACCAGAUAAAGUUGAGUUUACUAAGCUCCAGCUGCCUGGAUUGUUUAAUCCAGGCUCGGCGGAUGUGGAUGAUAUUCGUAGAGAGAUUCGAGCGACUGAAACUCAAUCUCAUGGGGUGGUGGUCAAUAGUUUUGAAGAUUUGGAACAAAGGUAUGUUGAUGAAUUUCGGAAGAUCAGAGGGGGAAAGGUUUGGUGCAUUGGUCCACUAUCACUUUUUAGCAAGGAGAAUUUAGACAAAGCUCAGAGAGGGAAUGAGGCCUCCAUUGAUACGAAUCAGUGCUUGAAGUGGCUUGAUUCACACGAGCCUAAUUCUGUAAUCUACGCGUGUCUUGGAAGCCUUGGUCGUCUAGUGCCUUCACAAUUCAUAGAGCUGGCUUUAGGCCUGGAAGCAUCAAACUACCCGUUUAUUCUAGUGAUAAGAGGAGGAGAAAAAACACAAGAAAUAGAGAAGUGGAUUUUGGAUGAUGGAUAUGAGGAAAGAAUAAAGGAAAGAGGCCUUUUAAUCCGAGGUUGGGCGCCGCAAGUACUGAUUUUAUCCCACUCUUCAAUAGGAGCAUUCUUAACGCACUGCGGUUGGAAUUCAACUCUAGAAGGUAUAUGUGCUGGCGUGCCAAUGAUCACAUGGCCUUUGUUUGCUGAGCAAUUUCUUAAUGAAAAAUUAGUAGUCCAGAUUUUGGGCGCAGGUGUAAGAGUUGGAGCUGAAGCUGUUGUAGACUCGAUCACCCAAGAAAGGCCCGGAAUGAAGGUGACGAAAGGCGAGGUUAAGGCUGCCAUUGACAUGGUAAUGGAUAAGGGAAUAAAAGGAUAUGAGAGAAGGGAAAAAGUAAAAGUGCUAAAAGAAAUGGCAAAGAAAUCAGUCGAAGAAGAUGGAUCGUCCUAUCUCAACACAACGCUGCUGAUUCAAGACAUUGAGCAGCUGGUGAAGACUUAUAAGCAAUCAACAUAAGAAUCUUUCAUACCUAGUUAUUGCACAUGAUGUGUUUUAAUGUCCUAGUCUUGUUGAUUAUAAAGUAAUGCAUUAUAAAGUAAUGCAUGUGUCAAGUUCAAGGUUGUAUUGGUGAGCUAUUCACUUAUAUCACACUCGCCUUAUCAUAAAAGAAAACCAAUUCUUGAAUCCCUUUUACGCUUGUGUCAUUGAAGUACUGCGGGGGAAAAAAGACCAAGAAGAACAGCAAAGUUUGAUCCAAUUUAUUGUAAUCGAUUAGUAUUUCGAACGUCAAGUACUUGACUUAUCAAUAGUUUACAGUUUACA